CCUGGCAAGUAAAGUCUGUCCUUGCAAGUUCUGUCUGACUAUCACGUGACGAGUUGCUGGUUGCUUGAGAUAGAAGUAGCUGGUCGCGACAUUGAGCUCCGUUGUGAAUGCAGUACAGUAUUAGCUGCCACUAACAGAAAAGAUGGUGGUGUAUAGUGCUAAAAACUAAAUGUUUGACAGUACACGCUACGUGAGGUGUGACAGUUAUCCAGCCAGGUGGAGGAGCAGGUACAGUAGCUAUGUGGGUGUUCGGUUAUGGCUCUCUGAUCUGGAAGGUGGAUUUUCCCUAUGAGGAGAAGCGGAUCGGCUACAUUAUAGGCUUCAGCCGGCGCUUCUGGCAAGGCAGCACCGACCACAGGGGAGUGCCAGGCAAGCCUGGCCGAGUCGUGACUCUGGUGGAGGACCCAGAGGGUUGUGUCUGGGGCGUGGCAUAUAAGCUGCCGUCUGGCCGAGAGCAGGAAGUGAAGUGUUACCUUGACUACCGGGAGAAGGGCGGUUACCGCGUCAUCGCAGUGAACUUUCACCCCAGACCCUCCGUGACCCCCACACGACAAACUGACACUACCCCUGAACCCAGCCAGGCUCUGCUCUACAUCGGUUCUAAUGACAGCCCUGACUACCUGGGUCCCGCCCCCCUGGAGCAGAUAGCCAAUCAGAUUGUAGAUGCUGUCGGACCGAGUGGACGGAACACUGAAUACCUGUUUUCAUUGGCUGAGGCGCUGAGGACCCUCCUCCCUGAAGACUCAGACACACACCUCUUCUCUCUCGAAGACCUGGUUAGAGAGAGACUAGCACACACACUUACUACAUGUGUGUCAGUAAACCAUCGCAGGGAUGCUGUAGAUUGUCAGUCAUGUGAUUGUCUCCAGGACUGUUCAGAGCUGGGUUAGGACUGUUCAGAGCUGGGUAAGGGUUGGGACUGUUCAGAGCUGGGUUAGGACUGUUCAGAGCUGGGUUAGGACUGUUCAGAGCUGGGUUAGGACUGUUCAGAGCUGGGUUAGGACUGUUCAGAGCUGGGUUAGGACUGUUCAGAGCUGGGUUAGGGUUAGGACUGUUCAGAGCUGGGUUAGGGUUGGGACUGUUCAGAGCUGGGUUAGGACUGUUCAGAGCUGG